GUCACCGGAGCAGAGUGGCCGUGGGACGCGGGUGCGCACUGUCGGCAACGACGGGUCCGCGGUAACCGGGUCCACAUCGCCGGGAGCUGCGGCGGGGGGAGGGGAGGGCAAAAGCAGAUCCGUGCGCCGGGAACGGUGGGCGCGGGGUCUGUUUGCUGCGGGGUCUGAAGGGCCGUGGUCGGUACGUGCGGACAGCGGCGGAUGCGGGGAACGAAGCACCGGAGCGCCCCGGUAUAACCGCACGCAUAACGGCACCGGGGCCGCUCUGUGCGCCCCGGGACGCGCAAAGGUCUCCGUCCGGAUAACGGCGCGGCCCCGACACGGCGGGGGAGGGCGGGUGGCGGCCCCGGCGCUGCUCUCCUUGAGCCCCGACGGCAUCGGACGGGGCAGGGCGGUGGGUGGGGGUGCGCCGUGUCGCUGUCCGAUGGGACCCUUCCAUCGUUCCACCGCUCCGAGCCCGGCGGCUCUCCGGGCGGGGGGGACCGGGACGCGCCUCCUCCCCCACCGCGGCGCUUCCGACGGACCCCGACAGGCGACCCCGGAGACGCGCUGCCCGCGCCGAGCCGCGGCGGUGCGGGGGGAUCCCGGCGGGCCGAGGGCCGGGCGCGGGGGUGGGGUGGAGGGCCCGGUGCCGAGGCCGGGGAGGGGGCCGGUGCCGGGGCGUGGCCCCGGGAUGCGCGAGCCCCCGCCCCAGAGGGCGCGGGCUGUCCAUCACGGGGCGCGGCCGCCAAUCAGCGGGCGGGCGGCCGAGAUUUUGGCAGCUCCAGAUGGAGCGGGGCAGAAAAGCGCGUGCAGCCGGGGGGCCCCGCCGCGCCCCGCAGCCCGCAGCUCGCGGCCGCCAGCAGCCGCCUCCGCCGCGGGCCAUGCCCCAUUCCCUGCCCCGGCCUCGGCCACCGCCCGCCGCCCGCCGCCCCUCCCGCAGCGCCCCGCAGCCCGCGGCCGCGCCCCGCGCCUAGGCGGCCCCGCGAUGCCCCGACUCUGA